CCAACGAGGGGCGCUUCUGCCGCUCCUCCUCCAUGGCCGACCGCUCCAGCCGCCUGCUGGAGAGCCUGGACCAGCUGGAGCUCAGCCGGCUUAGUUGUGAGUUCAUGCAGAGAGUUUUCCAGGAGCACAGCCCAGGCCAGCCUUGAUGUGCAGAUAAGUUCUUUCCCAAUUUGGACUUGUAGCUGCUUCCAGGAUCCGUUAAUAAAAGCAGAACUGCCCCUCCCCGCCAAGAGAAGCGCUGUCAAAUGAUGUGUUAAAAAACAUGAAGGAUAAAGUGAGAUGGCCCAACACUUGUCUAUCCUGCAUUCCAGAAGAAAAUAACAGAAUGGAGGAUGAGGCUAUUCGAAGAUUUAAUGGCUAACAAUUUUCUAGAAUUAAUGGAAAGGUUGUAGACUAAAAGAUUAUAUGGUGGAAGCUUUGAGAGAAGCAGCAACUGCUGUUGAGCAAGAGAAAGAAAUCCUUCUGGAAAUGAUCCACAGUGUCCAAAAUAGCCAGGACAUGAGGCAGAUCAGCGACGGAGAGAGAGAAGAAUUAAAUCUGACUGCAAACCGUUUGAUGGGACGAACCCUCACUGUUGAAGUUUCAGUAGAAACCAUUAGAAACCCUCAGCAACAAGAAUCCCUAAAGCAUGCCACCAGGAUUAUCGAUGAGGUGGUCAGUAAGUUUCUGGAUGACUUGGGAAAUGCCAAGAGUCAUUUAAUGUCCCUGUAUAGUGCGUGUUCAUCGGAGGUGCCGCCUGGGCCAGUUGACCAGAAGUUUCAAUCCAUAGUCAUUGGCUGUGCACUUGAAGAUCAGAAGAAAAUUAAGAGAAGAUUAGAGACGCUGCUUAGAAAUAUUGAAAACUCUGACAAGGCCAUCAGGCUGUUAGAGCAUUCUAAAGGAGCUGCUUCCAAAACUCUGCAACAAAAUGCUGAAAACAGAUUUAAUUAGUGUUGAAACCUGAGAGCACUCAUAAAUAAUGACGUAAAAAUAAAAUACUAUUUUAAGUAACAAUUAGUUCUUUAUGUUAGGCAUAACCACUCAUUUGAUACUGAAAGUUGUUUCAGAUGAUGAAAAUAUUCCAGUGUCAUUAGUUUUGUGAAUAACAAUGAAAAGUAGAGAUUUUAAUUAUCUUGCUAGAAAUUUUUAGAUUGAAUUCUUAUCUUGUACUAAGAUCUAGCACCUAAUAUGUAUAUAUUUUUUACUGUUCUGUGGAUGAAUACUCCGUAUGUGGGGGGAGGUAAGUGCUCAGUGAGGGGCAGAAGCAUCACUGUUCUUUCCUGGGCUUUGUCUGGCGUGGAGACACCUGGGCACGUGGGGCAUCUGGUUGACUAGAAAUUCUUUAUCUGAAGCAGCAGCACAUACCUUUGCACCCCUGUUAGCCAGCAGUGUGCUCAGAGGGAUAAGAGGAAUCACAAUAAGAGCCGUUCCCUACAUCCUCUUUCCUUUAGGUUUUUUUAGAUAGCUGUACCAAAUUACUUUGAACUUGAGUUUUACGCAUAAUAUGAAUGUAUUUCUUGAUGUACGGAAAUGUGACAAAAUGAGAAAAUUCACACCUUAUUUUACCACUGUGAACAACUAUAUAUCCACUUCAUCUUUUCCCAAAUGCGUCAUUUCUCUAAAAUUUUAAUCAUGUAAAUACAAUGUUGUAACUUGCUUUUUAAAAGAAAUAAUUAAAUGCUGCUCUCAAGUCUGCUGAAUUGUCAACUUAAAAACCUCUGCCCUACCCAUUCCCCUUACCGGAGAUUUAGGUUAUUUCCCAUUUGUUGCUAUGACGGCAACAUAUUUUAUAUACAUAGAUUUUUUUCCUUCUUUUGUUUUUGAUUUUUUUUUUUUGGUAUAAGUUUCCAGCAGUGAGAUUUAUUGGUCAAAGGGUAUAUACAUUUUCAUAGCCUGACAUAUUUCCAAUUUUUUUCUGUAUAAGAGCGAUAUUAAUUUAUACUGUCUUCAAUAAUUAAACUGGAGCUAUUUCACUGAAAGCUUUCUAGCAUUGAGCAGUUUUUUUCUAACAUUAGAUAAUGAAACACCUUUAUUUUGCAUUCUGUUUACUAACAAGGUUGAGCAGUAUAUUGAUUAUUCUUUUAUCUGUGAUAAAUGAAGCAACUAUAGAAUACUUUUGUUAUUAAUGUUAUUGAUACACAAAAGCCUCAACUUCCCCAAACACUACUGCUAAAUGAAUAUAUCAAACUCAUUUUUUUACUAGGACGUAAGUAUUCUUUCACACUGGAAAAAAAAAUAUCCAGAUUGGUUUUAUAUAUUUAUACAUGUCUCUCUCAGUGCAGACAAUAUUGAACUUUGUUUUCUGGACAAAAAUGUCAAAUUACUCUUCAUAGAAAGCAGUUACAAUCUGAGGACACUUAUGGUUGGUUGGUUGGAUUGCUAGCCCCAAGUCUUUCAUGGGAAACAUUCAUUUUCAUUGAUAACUGGCAAAGCCUCUUGAUUUUUCAGCAGAUUCUAAUUUGCUGUUAUCAGGUGCCCUGUCAGAUAAGGAUUUUCUUUUUUUGUGCUAAUCUUUUCAACAGCUUUUUGAAAAUUAAGAAACAGACAAUCAAGUUCUCAAGGACCAUCAGUGUCUGGAAAUCUCUUCCAAACGGAAAUACUCCCCCUUUGCAUUUACUCCAUCUCAACCCAGAGCUUUUCUACCACAAAAUACUCCAGCUCUACCUCCACCUUUGUAUUCUUUGUAUUGUUUCUGUCCCAU